AUGUGGGAUCCAUUUCAAAUUCGUAUUGCACAUGCUCAUUUUAAUGACCCUCCAUUUGACCAAGAUGUCCUGCCCCGCCACUUCUGCAAGACCUGCCGCCGCUACUGGACCAAGGGCGGCGCCCUCCGCAACGUCCCCAUCGGCGGCGGCUGCCGGAAAAACCGCUCCGCCUCCUCCUCCGCCGGAAGGUCCCCCUCAGGCCGGCCCAAGGCCUCCGCCCCCUCCGACUUCAUCAAGAUGGGCCUUUUUUCCGGGUUCGACCACGGCCCGCCCGACCCGACCCUGUUGUGGGCCGCCCCGCCCCAAACCAACUACAACUUCCUCUCCUUGCUCAGGGCCAAUCAAAACCCUAACACUUACCCGAACAAUAUCGAAAAUCCUAUAUCCAUGAAGGAUGAAGGGUAUAACGGUAAUUUCCUGUUUGGGUUCGACCAAGCCCGUUUACCGUCUUCUUCGGGCCUCCCGGGCCCGUUUCACGGUCACGGAGAAUCUCAGAACAACAACGGGCUUCACGAGUUGUACCAACGGCUGAGAUCUCCACCGGCGAGCUGCUACUACAAUGAAGGUGCGCCGUUGGUACUUGCAAAUAUGGGUUCGGCAAAUUCAUCGGCGGCUAACUCGGGAAUUUUGGAGUCGGCUCCGGUGGGGACGGCCGGAGAAUUAGGGUUUUGGAACACAGGUCUUUCGUGGCCGGCCGAUUUGCCGACCACCACAAACGGUGCAUAUCAGUAG